GUGAUAGUAAAGAGAGAGCUUUUCUAACAUACUCAUAACCAGUAGAAAACCAGAAAGAAGAAGAAGAAGAUGAGGGUUUAGUUUAGGGUUUUCCUUUUUCUCUUUUUUUUUGAAUCCAAUGUGUGCAAUAUCUCAUCUUUCAUGUUCUUGAAUUUUGAAUUUCAUAAUUCAUCAGAAAAAUGUCUUCAUGCUUGACCGGAGGAAGUGGAAGAGUGUAUGGAUUAGACCUAGAAAUGUUAAUAAAGUCUCCAUCUUCUUUAUCAUCAACCGCCAGUACCAUCACUUCUCAUUCAUCUUCUUCUCCGACACUCUCUGAAUCCGGCGGCGGAAAUUCACCCUUUACAAUCUCCACAAGGAAACCUCGUACACCCAGAAAGAGGCCUAACCAGACUUACAACGAAGCCGCCGCCCUCCUCUCCACCGCCUACCCCAAAAUAUUCCCGCCCAAACAACCCUCUAAAUUCACCAAAUCUCAAUCCAAUAUUGAAUCCUUCUUUUUGGGAAAUUCCAAUUCCGGGUCUUCAUCGGAGUUACUUAUUCCGUUAAGGGUCGUCGUCGAUUCCCCUGGAUUCCUUCUCCAACCUCCGAUUAUCUCCGACAAAUCCAAGUUCAUACCGGUUGAGCCUACUAGUAGCCCUGUGGAAGUCGAUUCGCCGGAGAAUUUUGAAUGGAUGCUUGAUGGAGAUGAAAUUGAAGAAGGAAUCGACAGUAUAAUGGGGAAGAAUUCUAAUAAUGAGGGUGUGAAUUAUAAUCUCUGUAAUAAUAAUGUUAACAGUGGUUUGUGUUAUGGGUAUCCUAUAGGAUGGGGAAUGGAGAAAGAAUAUUCUUGUAAUAAUAUUAAUAAUAGUCAUGAAUUGAGAUUAGUCAGGGGAGCAUUGAAGAACACCGAUGAUAAUUGGUGGAGAUAUCCAACAAGAGUUAAUGUAACGGAAAUCUCGCCUAAAUUGUACCAAACGACGACAGAGAAAAUGAAAAAGAAGAAGAAAAAGAAGAAGAAGCUCUUAGAGAGUAUAAUUUCCGACGAGAAACCACCGGAGGUCGCCGCCGCCGUAGUACAAAACUCAAUUAUGAAAGAGGAAGAGAAACCAAAUGUCGUCAAUUGCAAAACCAAUGCAGGCGGCGGCGGCGGCGGGCUUCUGCUGAAAUUAAACCAUGAGAAACUCUUAGCUGCUUGGUCGGACGGAGGGUCGCCGUUUUCCGACGAACUACCACCGGGAAAUGAAGCAAUCGGGAAUAAUCUACAUGCCAGGUUGGCGCAAAUAGACCUGUUUGGAGGAGAGAGAGAAGCGAGUGUUUUACGUUACAAGGAGAAGCGACGGACGCGCCUCUUUUCUAAGAAGAUCCGUUAUCAAGUUAGAAAACUCAAUGCCGAUCAACGCCCAAGAAUGAAGGGGAGAUUCGUGAGGAGGCCGGAUUCACCAUGAUUUAUGAGAUAGAGAUGAGAGAGUGUUGUAUUUUCAUUUAUUUGUUUUUUAUUUUUGGUGAGGGAGGAGGAGACAAAGAGAGAUUAUAAAUAGAUCACAAUCGGCAUAUUAUUAAUUAUGAAGAAACUUCAAUUCAUUUAAAUGUUUCUUUCUAUAAAUACUUCUUCUUCUU